GCUGGCUACUCCGCCUCCACACGAUACAGCUACCACCACACCUCGCCGCCGCCGCCGAGGAGAUGUGGCGGCGUUCGGGAGCUCGUGCUCUCCCCCUCCUCCGCUCCUCCAUCCACAGGUCACCGCCGCCGCCGCCGCCGCCGCCAUCUCCGCUUCGAGCCUUAACCCGAGCCCCGCCUCCGCGCGCUUUCUCCCGCUUCCUCUCCUCCUCCCCGGAGCCCCUGCCGGAUUCCUCCUCCGCCGCCGCGGGUCCCGCGUCCUCUGAUCCCGCCGAAGCCGGGGAGGAUGGGCUGUCCUCUGAUCCCGCCGAGGCCGGGGAGGAUAACCUCGCCUCGCUCUGGGAGGAGGACGUCGCCGGCGACGGCGACGGCAUUUUCGCCGCCGAUGCCUCCUCCGACCCCGCCGAUGCCGUGGUCGAUGAGGUGAUGGUCGAGCGCGUCCGCGCCGUCGUGGAGUCCACCACCGAGGAUCAGAUCCCCUCCGCCCUCGCCGGCAUGGUCGUGGACUUCACGGAGCCACUCCUCUCCGCCAUUCUCGUGUCCGCUUCCGAGAGCUGCUCCGGUAAAAAGCUGCUACUCUUGUUCAAAUCUGCCGGGAAGAACAACCCUGCGGCUAAGAGCCUCGGCAAUCUCGAGAUAGUCGUGGACAAGAUUGCUGAUUCCGAUGAGAUUGACAAGAUGAAUGUGUAUUCGCUCUGGGAUUUGGUUAAGGAAAUGGGCACUGUGCCUGGAUCAGUGAAUACACGGGUGCUGAAUAAACUGCUAGAAAUGUUCUGGAAGCUCGGGAAGUCAAAGGCUGCACUGGAGGUGUUUGGCAUGUUCAAUGAGUUAGGAUGUGCGCGGGAUGGUGACAGCUAUUAUCUUGUGAUUCAAGCAGCUGGGAAGAAGUCCAUGGUUGAUGCUGCAUGGAGAGUUUGCGAGGAGAUGAUUGGCUCUGGCUGUUUCCCUGGUGAUGAGAAGGUCGGUGACAUCGUGACAUUAUUUUGCAAGAAGAAGAAGGUGAAGGAGGCACAUUCAGUGUACGUAGCUGCAAAGGAGAAGAAGGUGCAGACUCCGACAUCGGCCUUAAGUUUCCUUGUUAGUGCUUUGGCAAGGAAUGACGAGACCAUCAAUACAGCUCUAGAGCUGCUGGAAGAGUACCAAGGGGAAUCUCUUAAGGAUGCUGGCCAGUCCUAUGCUGCAGUUAUACAUGGUUUGUGUAAGACAAACAAUGUGGAGGAUGCAAAGAAAGUGUUGAUGAGGAUGGUGAAUGUUGGCCCAGCUCCUGGUAGUGCAGUGUUCAACUUUGCCAUCACGGCGUUGUCUAAAAAUGGAGAAAUGGAGGAGGCAAAGGGUUUGAUGAGAGUGAUGGAAAACCAAGGGAUCCGCCCUGACAUUUAUACAUACAGUGUGAUUAUGAGUGGCUACACCAAAGGAGGCAUGAUGGAUGAAGCCCAUGCUCUACUUCGUGAUGCUAAGAAGAUUCAUUCAAGACUAAGCAGGGUUACAUAUCACACACUUAUUCGGGGUUACUGCAAGAUGGAGCAAUUUGAGAAGGCCUUGGAGUGCCUAAAGGAGAUGAAAGAAGAUGGGAUGGAGCCAAAUAUGGAUGAGUACAACAAACUUAUCCAGUCACUUUGUCUGAAGGCUUUGGACUGGAGAACUGCUGAGAAUCUCCUGAAGGAAAUGGAGGAUGGUGGAUUAUGCCUUAAAGGCACUACUCGAAGCCUCGUAGCAGCAGUUAAGGAAUUGGAAAUGGAGGAGCUGUCAAAUGCCAGCCAAGAAGCAUAGUUUCUUUCGGACGCGCUUGCAGUGACACAGUCGCUAAUCAAUUUUGGGGCAAUGCUUUCUUUUGCUCUCUGCUUCUCUGGUGAGCUUGUGAGAAACAUCAACUUUUGUACUUGUGUCUGUUUGUUGUUAGAUGCUAUAAUAAUGCAUUUACAUUGUAACUGCUAGACUGACAGGGAAGAGACUUAAUUUUGGUCUAGAAUUCCUACUUCUUUAGAGCUGAGAGAAUUUCUAUAUUAUUUUUUCCAUAUGAUCUCAUGCCUUGCAAGGGUAGAAUACAAAGCUAAAGAUCAGAACAAAAUGUCUGUUGCAGUAGGUACCUCUAGAACCUGAUAUCAAAGAGCACGUAGACAAUUAGUAUGUAAAAAUACCAAAAUUUCAGUGACUAGCAGUAAACUGUGAUUGUAUAUUUAUUCAGGCAUCAGUACUGAUUAAGGAAGAUAUUUU